AAUACUUGGCUGAUUUGGAGUCACUAAAUUUGGGAUCAUUUGGAGUUGGUUACUGAAUUUGACGAUAUUUAGAGGAUGCCAGACAUGAACGAAAAUAGAGUGAAGGCUCUUCUAGAACAGCGAGAUGCUGAACAAAAAAUUAUUAGUAGUAAAGACUAUACUGGUGCCAGGUUUAACUUACUCAAGGCACAACGGCUUUUUCCAGCAAUUGAUAACAUUAGCUCAAUGAUGACUGUCUGUGACAUGCUAUCUGCUUCCAAUAUGACGGUUCCUGGUUAUGGAAUUGAUUACUACUGGGUUCUUCAGCUUACACCUUAUUCUACAAUGGAUGCUGUUAAAUCUCAUUGCCAAUGGCUCCUCACAUUGCUGCAACCUAUCAAGAAAACAUUUCCUGGCACUGAAUUGGCUCUGAAACUUGUAGCAGAUGCAUUCUCCAUUCUAUCUGACCAUGAGAAACGUUCUGCAUAUGAUUUGACAAGAAAAGCUUUUUGGGGGGAUAAUCAAUCUUUUAAUAAAAGAGAAUUAUCCUGUCAAAAUAUUGCAAGUACGGAAGCAAUGAGCAAUGCUGAAAACUCUUCUGUGUGUCAGAGUGGUUUUUCAAGCCAAAGUUUGGGUGGCAGCUGUAGAAAAACUAUGAUAUUUUCAGAAGACAUUGGAACUUUGGGAUUCAAACUUCAAAAUUCUCUUGAUGUUGAGCAGCAACAUGAUAGAAUUAUUUGUCAACAAUCAUCCAGUAAGGUUUCUGAGGAUUUGAAUUCUAGAGGGAACAUUAGAGGGGACACAGAUUUGUCUAUAGACGAUAUAAAUUUGUCAACAUCACAGCCCAUCAGUUUGGAGGAGAAUUUUUCUUGUUUUUCAAAACCUUUGGCACAGAAAAGGCCUUGUCAGGACUACUAUACCUUUGAGAAUGACAGAAAACCUGAGCAUUUCAAGGUAGGUCAGAUCUGGGGUGCUCAAUAUAGAGCAAAUCUCCAUCAUAGUUUUCGGUAUGCUUGA